GAUUGGUGUUGGUGGGUAAGAGGUUGGUCUGAGAGCUGGAUAAUUCAGGAAUGGCCGCCUUGCCGGGUGGUUUUUGCUGCCGGCAGUUGAGCAUCGGGUCUUGUGGCCGGGAGCUGGUUGCGGCCGUGGACACCUUCCUGUUGGACUGCGACGGCGUGCUGUGGAACGGGCCGCGGGCGAUUCGCGGGGCGGCCGAGGUGCUGCUUGGGCUGAAGGCUCGGGGCAAGCGCGUCUACUUCGUCAGCAACAACUGCAGCCGCCCCCGGGACGCGGUAGUGGCCAAGCUCGGGACUCUGGGUUUAGCGGCUGAGCCCGAGCAAGUCUACGUCACCGGCUACUGCUCGGCCCUCUAUCUGCGCGACAUCGCUCGCCUCCGCCGCAAGGUCUAUGUGCUGGGCAGCGAAACCCUGUGCGGCGAACUGCAGGCAGCCGGUUUGCGGGUGACGGGUGGCCCACAGGAUGCCGAGGAGCUGCCUGUGUCCAUUUGUGCCCUGGACCCCGAGGUCGGCGCUGUGUUGGUCGGCUACGACGAACACUUCAGCUUCGUGCGGCUGGCCAAGGCAUGCAGCUACCUGCGGGACCCCCGGUGUCUCUUUGUGGCUACCGACCCAGAUCCCUGGCACCCAUUGGUAGGAGGCACAGCGGUCCCAGGCUUAAAGGUGCUGAACCCCAAUGAUGAAGAUGUGGAGCCCAAAAAUCAAAUCACCUGCACGGUGCGGCCAGGCACUGGCAGCCUGACGGCAGCUGUGGAGGUAGCGUCUGGCCGCAAGGCAGAAGUCAUCGGCAAGCCCAGCAGGUUCAUGUUCGACUGCAUCAAUGAGAGGGGAGCGGGCGAGCCCCUCGACCCUGCCCGCACACUGAUGAUUGGUGACCGGCUGGACACGGACAUCCUCUUUGGCUCCAACUGCGGGGUGCAGACGGUGCUGACUCUGACGGGUGUCUCCACCCUGCAGGAGGCACAGGACAACAUGACGAGCACGUGCCUUGACCGCCAGAGGAUGGUCCCCAACUUCUAUGUGGACAGCAUUGCAGAUUUCCUUCCCCUGCUAACGGGCUGACUGAAGGGGGUGACAUUGGUGCCAAACUAGCCUCACUGACUCCAUCCAACCUCACUGGUGAUGGGAGGAAGCUGUCUGCACACUGGUGGCGUCUGUGCAUCUGCCUUGGAGUUGUGGACAAAACAGAGCAUGGAUCAGCUAACAAAGGACUAGCAGGGAUGAUUUAUCCAUUUAUAAUUCUGACAAUAAAGUAUGAAGUGUUAUACG